AGGCGGCCAUGCCUUCUGUCUUCUACAUAGACCGAACUCCUCCCUUCCAUCCUCCUGACAGUGCAGACAGUUGCAGCCUCCCUGCCCCCACAUGAUGGAGACGUGAAACCCCGGCUGCUGUCUCUGAAUCUCUGGCCUCCUCACGUGUGGCACUGGCACGGACCGCGCGGUGUGUGAGUGCCCGCUCCCUCAUCAUAGUCCUUGUCACACUGUCACCACCAAGAGCUGUGCAGCUUCUGGGUUAUUAGUUACCAGCUGGCACCGACAUUUUUACAGAUUUUAUAUAUCUCAACUGAAUUCUGAACAUGGAUGAAAAGUGCAAAGAAAAUGAGACAGCAGGACAAGAAGAAGACGCCGCAUCUGACAGUGCCAACACCGAAUCCAGUGCCACAGAACACCAAAACAAGGAAGGAAUGCUGGAUACACUAAAGACAACUGACGGAGCACUACCUAAUGAAGAAAGUGCAUUGAUAAACAGUGACAGCCAUCAGCAGCAGGAUCAGAAAGAAACAGCAUGUCUGAAGAUAAAGAAGUUUUUUGCUUGUCCUCCACAAGGGCGCCUCUCUGUUAUAACUACUAAUGUUAUCAUGACAUUCCUGGUCUGGGCAGUUGUCUGGUCUAUUACUGGUCCUCAGUGUUUGCCUGGUGGAAAUUUGUUUGGGAUUCUAGCCCUGCUUGUUUGUGCUUUAUUUGGUGGCAAACUUGUAGGUCUUAUUAAGAUACGAAAUCUACCUCCACUUCCUCCACUACUUGGUAUGUUACUUGCUGGUUUCCUUAUACGAAAUAUUCCAUAUGUCACGGAUAAAGUACAGAUCACUUACCAGUGGUCUGCUGCAUUGAGAAAUAUUGCAUUGGCAAUCAUAUUGACACGUGCCGGGCUUGGGCUGGAUCCAAAGGCUUUAAGAAAAUUAAAGGCGGUGUGUUUACGGCUUUCCCUUGGUCCCUGCGCCAUUGAGUCUUGUACAGCUGCUCUUAUGUCUUACCUUCUGAUGGGGCUGCCACUGACAUGGGGAUUUAUGUUAGGUUUUGUUUUAGGUGCUGUAUCCCCUGCUGUUGUCGUACCUUCUAUGCUACAUCUGCAGAAAGAAGGAUAUGGGGUAGAUAAGGGGAUACCAACAUUGCUUAUGGCGGCUGGAAGUUUUGAUGAUGUGCUUGCUAUUACUGGUUUCAACACAUGUUUUGGCAUGGCCUUCUCAUCAGGCUCCACUUUUAACAGCAUCAUCCGAGGGGUGUUGGAAGUUGUUUUUGGCAUUGCAGCAGGAAUUCUAUUGGGAUUUUUCCUUCACUACUUUCCAAGCAAAGAUCAAGAGAAAGUGAAAUGGAAAAGAUCUUACCUCCUUAUGGCACUGUCCCUAUUUGCAGUGUUUGGUAGUCUUUACUUUGAAUUUCCUGGUUCUGGAGGACUGUGCACAUUGGUGAUGGCAUUUCUGGCAGGUAUUGGAUGGUCAGGAGAAAAGGAAGUAGUUGAAGACAUUAUCACAGUUGGGUGGGAUAUAUUCCAGCCAUUGCUGUUCAGCUUGAUAGGAUCAGAAAUAUCUGUUUCCUCAUUAAAACCAGAGACUGUAGGAUUAUGUGUUGCCACACUUGGAAUUGCAUUGAUCAUACGGAUAUGCUUCACUUUCCUGAUGGUGACCUGGGCUGGCUUUAAUAUGAAAGAGAAAGUAUUUAUUUCUUUGGCAUGGAUGCCUAAGGCCACAGUUCAGGCUGCCAUUGGCUCUGUAGCCCUGGAUAUGGCAAGAAAAAAUGAAAACAAACAGUUUGAAGACUAUGGAAUGGAUAUUCUUACUGUAGCUUUCCUAUCAAUUUUAAUCACAGCACCAAUAGGAGCUUUAAUCAUUGGAAUGACAGGUCCAAAAAUGCUCCAGAAAUCAAACCAAACCAUGGAUCUAGAAGAAUCUGAUUUGACAGACAACAGAACAGAAGUCUGUGGCGUGGUCUAACAUACAAUCUUCUCCAUGCUGGUGAAUGGGACAGUUUCUAUGAUACAUUUUUGCUGCAACUGUAACAGUAUUUUUUUUAAUGAAAUGUAUUUAAUAAACACACCGAAGAGAAAAAAUUUAACUAAGUUUAUA